CGAGCUGGGUACCAGCGCCAGAGACGCCGCAGCUGGCGGACACGCCAUCGUACAAUCCAGCGGACUCGGGCUCGCAGCUGCCGCUCGGGCUCUCGCAGCAGACUUCGGACGAGCAGGAGACGCCAGUGCUGCCAUCCUUCAAGCGGUCGCUGACAGACGAUGUGCAAGUGGAGACCAAGAAGUCCAAAAGGUGGCAGAGUAAUCGCCUCGUGAGCCCGCCACGCGUGGAGGAGCGCGUGCCAGCGCAUCCGCGCUCGCAGCGGCCGCUCACGGCGCCGCCGCAGCUGGUGGGCCAGCGCCUGCAGCAGCCAAUCGAGAGCAGCCACAUCAACAAGCAGCAGGCGAUGACAGCGCCGAGCAUCGACCAGAUGGCGCGGGCACCUCUCGAUGGCAACUGCGGCAUCAGCAAGGAGCAGCUGGUGGAGAAGCUCAAGCAGAAGUUCGACGAGCUGGUCGCAUCCGACACGGGUGCGGACUUGGACGAGAUGGGCAAGACUUUCCAGGACUUCUACAAGGGCUCCUUGAUCGUGCAGCUGCGCGCGAUGCGCCCUGAGACCGCGGAGAAGCCUCUGGAUGACGACUUCGGCGCCGACCCGAAGGAGUCGGCUCUUGACAGGGAGGAGCGCCUCAUGUGGGAGUCCUUGGAGGAGAAGGCGUUCAAGUUCAGCACGGAGAAGAAGAAGGGCAACGCGAUCGCGGGCAGAUGGGCCAGAGUGAUGGAGGCAUCGAACGAAUGGUCUGAGAAGUACCUGGCGGCGGAGGGCUACCCAGCCAAGAAGGCGGUCCGCGAGGAGUGGGCGAAGUGGUCGUUCCACAGGUGGCAGAAGAAGCGGGAGUUCAGCAAGACGCAGACGAACAUCAAGAAGCAGACGAUGAAGGGCGUCUACAUGCCGCUGGCCAGGCUGGCGUGGAAGUUUGGCGGGGGGUCCACUGGUGCCAAGCUGGCAUACACGUAUGCUGGGAAGGCAGUGCUGAUGGGGGGCAUCUUCACGAAGUGGUGCAACAUGACGGACUGCCUGUUCUACCUCUACGUGGAGCACUCGUUGGAGGACACGUGGCAGCAGAGCUGGACCAGCCACGAGGUCUGGAUGGAGUCGGGCUGCGUCGGCGGCCAGCCACCUCCUGGCGCCGAUGGCGUGGCCAGCGUGCCAUGCACUCCGCUGCCGCGCCCUGGUGCCGAGGCGUCCAGCGAGGAGAAGCAGGCAGCCGCAGCAGCGACGGGCGGCCCUGGGAACGAGGCCACCAGCGGCAAAGGAGGCGACGGCGAGGGCAACGGCAACAAGAAGAAGCUCGCCGUGAAGGCGCCCGAGUGGAUGAAGGACUUCCGCAAGCUGCGCACACUGUUCGCGCAGCACACGUCCCAGGUGUCCACAUUGGAGGCGCUGAUCAAAGCGGACGCAGCUGAGGGCACGAACGAGUGGAAGUUCGCAGCAGGGAAGGAGACCAGGGGCGAGCUGGACAAUGCUAUCAAGCAGGCCCCCAAGACGCACAAAGAAGAUAUGACGCCCACCAGGAAGCCCCCACGCCCUUCGAGCAUGGGCGCGCGUUCGACUCGGCGCUGGAUGCGCGCCGCGCCGAACGCGCACGCUGGACGGGGCUUGGUCGCGUCCAUGGUCGCGUCCAUGGUCGCGUCCAUGGACGCGACCAUGGACGCGUCCAACAUGGCGCAGAAGCGCUCGCGGUGCAAGGGGUCCGAUGAGCUGGAGGCCGCGCUGAUCAAUCACUUCAAGGAGGCGGAUGAGCUGGACUACCCGCAUGGGCUCGCAGACGACUGCGACCCUGACGCGUUGAGCGAGUGGGAGGACAUGCUCUUGGACGUCCGCAGAGCCAUGUACCCUCACAUGGCCAUAUCGCAGUCGAAGGCCAUCCAACUCUUCGAGAAGGUCCUCGAGGAGAACGGUGCUGCGUGGGCCCUCGGUGACGAGGAGAAGGACUGGACGACGUCCAUGGCGAAGAUGCUUCGCGCCAUGUUGAGGCACGUCCAACAAGCGGUGCUGAAGAACAUGAAGCGCGAGGGGCGCUAUCCCGACUCCUGCGCGUGGGUGCAGCCCUUCGUUGAGCAGAUGAAGAAGCUCGACGCGGCGAAGGACGCACCAGCCGCCCAUUUGCGUGGGCGAUAG